UCAGUCGAAUCACAUAUCAUCGUUGCCUAAGGGAGUUUUCAAUGGUCUGGGAAAUUUAGAUUCAUUACAUCUGGGUAUUAACAAGAUCGCAUCCAUUAGGAAUUCAACAUUUAUCAGCUUGACGAAUCUGACUUACCUAGACCUAAGUGGAAACCCUUUAGUCCUGAUUGACGCCCAUGCUUUCAAAGGAUUGUCAUGCUUAGAAAUACUGAUAAUAUCCGAGACACAGCUAGUCAACGUAGGCGAAGAUGCUGCUUAUGGAACGGACAACUUACUUGAAUUGACGGCAGAUGAUCCCAAACUUUGUUGCCUGUUCAAGCCAUCUGGGGAAUGCAACACGCCACCGAAUCCUUUCGCUACCUGCGAAGGGUUGUUACGCAACACCUUGUUAAGAAUCUGCAUCUGGCUGAUUGGUAUCAGUGCUCUGGUGGGGAAUGUACUAGUGAUUGCCUGGCGUACCUACAAACGCAAACUAGAUCGGAGUGAAAACUCGGUGCAGAUGAGUUUUAUCACCAACUUGGCGAUUGCUGACUUACUUAUGGGUGUGUACAUGGUAUUUAUCGGCAGCGCAGAUGCCUAUUUCGGUGCAGACUACUAUCUGCACUCGGCGUCGUGGCGCAAAAGCUUUGCAUGCAAGUUGGCAGGUUUCGUUGCCAUGGUUUCCAGUGAAGCGUCUGUGUUUCUCCUAGUUCUUAUUAGCCUGGAUCGUUUCAUCUGCAUUGUGUUUCCGUUCGGUGUAUUCCGUUUCCGGACCCGCUCUUCACGGGUUGCCCUAUGCUUGGCAUGGUUCCUUGCUAUUCUCCUUGCCGUCAUUCCAAUCACCAUUGGGGAUCGCAUCACAGGUUUCUAUGGUUACUCUGAUGUCUGCAUUGGCUUGCCGCUAGUUACCCCGGCAACUGGCUUUCAGGGCGUCUGGGUUGAGUCCGGCAAUGGGGACACCUUUGAACACCAUUUUGUCGCGACUGGGAACUCCGGUUGGGCAUAUUCCACCGCGGUCUUCAUUGGUCUCAACCUGAUGUGUUUUGCAGCAGUCUUUGUGUUCUAUGUAGCCAUUUUUGUCUACGCUCGUAAGGCAGCAGCAUCGUCCGGACGUAAAACGGAGCGGAAGGAUGAGGUCAGAAUGGCCAUAAAAAUGGCAAUCAUUGUUGGGACAGAUUUCCUUUGCUGGAUGCCAGUGAUCAUCAUGGGUAUCUUAUCCCAGAGUGGUUCAGCCGUUAUCCCUGUUGUGACGUACGUCUGGACCAUUGUCUUUGUCCUCCCGAUCAAUUCCUCCCUCAACCCAUACCUCUACACCAUCUCCACCAUGAUCCAGAAGGGCAGGUCCCGGAAACCGAUCACCAGUGGAACGUAUCGCUUCUCCGCCUCGUCGUAUCGCACAAGCCUUUCAGGGAGUACUAGUCCAGCGCAGGAAAGUUUGAAGACGGCGCAGGUACAGUGAUCGGCGAUGGAGUUCUGUGAAACCGCAGCCACACCAACAUAUCAGACUACAGUUUGGCCAAUGGUAUUGUUUCAAGCAGUACAUGAUAGCCUUGAUUGGUCUUGAGUUAGUCUUGACGACCAAAAUGUAACAAACAUUUUAAAUUGAACUUUCACAUUAAAGUUGCAUAAAUGGCUCUACCUCUCUUCGGUAAAGUACUUUGUGGAUUAGACCUCACUAACAUUUCUCUCAGUGAAUCAAAUGGCUCUAUCAAUCAUAUACGUGUUGGCUAUGUAUCUAUAUUAUACAUACUUCAUUGUAAUUUUAUGCAGGAGAAAGAAUUAGUAAUACAUGUUUAAAUCAUGAAAUGCAUACUUAUCAAUUCAGGACAUGUCAGUUCUUCAAAAUAUUACCAUACUAAGAGUCAUGCAUUCUAGGGAUUCCUUGUCCAUUGUUAAUACAUUGUUAAAGGUCAAGUCCACCUCAGAAAAAUGUUGAUUUGAAUCAA